UGAGUUCAUAUUGGUCGAUCCUGCUGAUCAGCUGAAGCUUCAGCUUGUAUAUAUCCUUUUCCCUUUGGUGUACUUGAUCGCGAUAUGAAGUUUAUUUUAUUUUAUUUGGUUCACCUAUAUUACCGCUACUAUUUCCCCGUCGUUCAUUCCCUCCAGCAUGGCCGCGGGACUAGUGUUACGGAGCAAAUAUGACGUCACUGUAAUGGGUUAUAUUGCUAUUAGAUAUCACGCAAGCCCUUCACAUUAGGACUAUACACUCGUAUAUAGGGCCUAUCUUCAGCCACAAGAUGACCUCGACGUACGAGUAUUCACGUUUAUACAAGAUCUUAGCGGCGACUCUGGUGUCCUUGGAGGUGAGCAUCUACAGCGUUAGCAUGGUGGGUUGGCAGUCUUUGGUAUACGUGUUCAGGGACGCUUAUUUCUACUCUCAUCUCUGCACGAACGCGUCGGCGGACUUAAACAGGUCGACGCAAGAGGAUUUUGAUACGCUCGUCUCCCACGAGUGUCGCGAGCAAGAGGAGAUGUUGAAUCUCGUCUUCACGGUGACGGUGCUACUUCAGGUUGCCAUGCCGCUGCUUGGGUAUAUCUAUGAUCAGUUCGGAUGUGUGUGUGCUCGGGGUAUUAGUAUAACAUUAACCGUGGGCGGGGCACUACUGAUGGCCAUGGCAGAACCAGGGGCAGAAUGGUUACUGUUUCCCGGGGCGUCCUUCCACUAUCUAGGGGGGGCCAUGUUGCUCUCCACUGACAUCACCAUGCCCCUGUUAUACCCAACCAGAAAGACGACGCUGCGUUCCUUUCUCUACGGAGCGGCCAGCAUGAGCGCGUUCAGUUUGUUGCUGGUGAAGCUUGCCUAUGACGGUGGGAUUCACUACCGUUCUUCCUUGAUAUGCUUUGCUGCAGUCACGUUCCUCAUCGCUGUUCCAACAACUUUCUUCCUCCCCCCGAGACAUUAUGACCACAAGAAGGGCAUCCAAUCACAAAGCGACUCCAAAUUACAAACGUGUACGUUUGCUGUGUGCAAAUGCUUCUAUGCGCAGUCGGAAUCACAUGUGAAAGAAAAUGAAAACCCUGAUACAGAAGAGAACACUGUCAGUCUCAUUAAGGUCUCGUCACAAAACUCCUAUGAAAAAGUCCUACAGGGUGGAAAUAUAAAAAGUGGUGACGUAAAAGAAGAUGAUGGCGUCACUGCCACGUCACGCGUUGUCGGCAACGAAACAUCUUUCCUGUCAAUUAUAAAAGAACCCUUGUUUUGGUGGUCGGAGCUGUGGUUUGCAGGCAAUAUUUUAUUGGUGACGCUUUACUUUGGCAGUUUCAAUGCCAUUAUAGACUAUCGGUCCAACAAGAAUAUCCAGCAAGUGAGUCUGUAUACGGACGUGGUGGGGUACGUACAGCUGGUGGUCAGUAUGCCUGCCUCAGCAGCCUUGGGGUAUUUAGUGGACAGACAGCAGAGGGCAGAUGCCACACAUGCUGACCCAAAGACGUAUAUCCCCUCCUUUCUCAUCGGCAGUGUGUCGGGGUUGAUAGUUUGGAUACUGUGUGCCGUCCCUAACCUCGAGGUACAGUUCGUAGCCAUGGUGUUCCACUGUGUGCUUAGAUCGGGAGUUUUCGGAAUCCAAACGGCAUUCGUUGCAUACGCAUUUCCAAUAGCACAUUUUGGCAAAAUCUACACACUCCAGAGGGCGCUGAUGGCGGUGUUUGGUGGGCUCCAGUACCCACUUUUUCAUUGGUAUAAACAGAAACUUCACAGCGACCCUCUCUACUUUAGUUUGCUGUUGGUUGGAGUAUCUUGUCUCACGUUCGGACUGCCAGUUUAUGUGGCAAAGGUGAAGGUCAAAACCGAGAAAGAGGCUAGCGAAGAUGACGCCAUUCAAAUGAAACUCACAGAGGAGACUAGUGACGUGCACGCUUGAAAUUUAAAACUUUCCGCCAACGUAUCUAACACGUGCAGUGUUUAACUCCAUUUUCGGAACACAUUCAUAAAAAAUCACGUGGCUUUCUGCGUUCUCUUGCCAUUAUUGGUAUUUGCAUCAGGCAUGAAAGAGGGCACCAGUUACUUUUACGAGAGAUUUUGUUUACUUCUCAUAUCUAUCGCCAAGCGGGGGUUUUAAAUAAACAUACGGGUAUUUGAA